AUGGGUCAGGGUAUGCUCGGGUACGGCCCUUGCGACUACAGAGUGGAGGUGGUAUGGCAUUCAUCGGCUCAGUGGGAGUGCGAUUACAAGGCCAGCCACCUCACGUGGAUGGGCAUGCGGCGUGCGCUCGCCAUACGCUCGCCCGCGUUCGGUGCAUGGCUGGAGAAGCUGCCGUUCUCGGCCGUGACCCACGCGCUCUUCUUCAACCUCUGCGAGCAUCAACCUGUCUCCCCUGCCCAGCCCCUCCUGCUCUUGGAGCCGAGCAACAUGGUAGGCAAGGACGUGCUGAACACAGGUGGGGGAUACCUCUCCGACCUAGCCAUGUCUGCCACUCUCACAAUGUCCGCAACACCUAUCACGAUCUCCGACCUCAAUAGCCUUUCUGAGCCGUUUACACCGCCCACACACCUGCAGAGCGCCCUCAGCGUCACCAGCGACACCUCGCACUUCGUGCUCCACAACAAGGGCGAGGCCACUGCCCACCCGAUCACCAACAACCCGCCCACCAAGUACCUCCCGUUCCAGAUGACCAUGGAGACCAUCCGCCAGCACAAGGGACAAUGCCUGCUCUGUGGGCAGAAGGACAACUUGACGGCCAUGCGCACCAUCCUGCAGCACGGCGUGGGCACGGAGCAGCUGGACGGCCUCAAAGCCCUCCCGGUGGAAUACACGUGUGACGAGUGGACGAACCUCAUGACAUUGUGCAAGCCGCACGCACGCGUGUAUGAGGACAACGUCUGGUGGUGGGUCCCCAGCACCGCGUUGCGCGCACACAUGGCCAACCUGGUGCCCAUCUCAGGCGCCGCAACACCCUCGCACGCCACGAGCGAAGACGGCGAGGCAGACGAGAUGGACGAGGGGGAGGACUCCGAGGCGCACGGCCCGUACUCCCCCUCCGAGUUCAUCUCUGGCAUCACCAUCGACGAUGGCAUCUCCGGGCAGAUGCACAACCCCGAGAUCCGGAGGAGCAAGAAGAAGGAGGAUGCUGAGGUGCAGGCGCGGAGGGUGGUGAUUUUGGCAGGGAGGGUAGCGGAGGGCAAUGAAGACGAAAACACGGACCUCGACGUUGGACUACGAUGA